UUGAUCUUUCUCUAGCACAUAAUAGAUUAGAGGGGCCUAUUCCAGAAUCAUUUGGCAAAUUGUUGGCAUUGGAAUUCUUGGAUUUGUCCUAUAACAAUCUUAGUGGUGAAAUUCCAAAGUCAUUAGAAGCUCUAGUGUAUCUCAAAUCCAUGAAUUUCUCAUUCAAUAAACUCAGUGGAGAAAUUCCCAUUAGCGGUCCUUUUGCAAAUGUCCCUAGUCAAUCUUUCUUGUCCAAUUAUGCACUCUGUGGUGACUCCCGGUUUAACGUAAAACCUUGUCAAACCAAAUCUACAAAGAAGUCAAGAAGAAAAAGAGUGCUUAUAGGUUUAUAUACGCUGUUAGGGAUUGUGUCACUCCUUGUGUUGGUAGUUGGAUAUGUGGUGUUAAGAUUGAGAAAGACAAAGAAGAAUGCAAGUCAAGCAGAUGUGUGUCUGGUAAAAGAACAUGAAAGAAUUUCCUAUUAUGAACUUGAACAUGCAACAGAAGGAUUCGACGAAAGCAACUUGCUUGGUACAGGGAGUUUUAGCAUGGUCUACAAAGGGAUACUUAAGGAUGGUACUCUUUUGGCAGCAAAGGUAUUCAAUGUGCAAUUGGAGGGUGCAUUCAAAAGUUUUGACACUGAAUGUGAGAUACUCCGCAACCUUCGCCACAGAAAUCUGACCAAAGUUAUUACAAGCUGUGCAAACCUUGAUUUCAAGGCCCUGGUGUUGGAAUACAUGCCCAAUGGGACACUUGAUAAAUGGUUAUACUCCCACAACUUGUUCUUGAACUUAUUACAGAGAUUGGAUAUAAUGAUAGAUGUUGCAUCUGCAAUUGACUAUCUCCACAAUGGUCAUACAACGCCUGUGGUUCAUUGUGACUUGAAGCCAAGUAAUGUCUUGCUAGAUCAGGAAAUGGUUGGUCAUGUCAGUGAUUUUGGCAUUGCGAAAUUGCUAGGUGAAGGGGAGGCUUUUGUCCAAACAAGGACAAUUUCAACCAUUGGAUAUAUUGCUCCAGAGUAUGGACAAGAUGGAAUAGUAUCCACGAGCUGUGAUGUUUAUAGUUUUGGCACCCUGAUAAUGGAGACAUUCACAAGAAAGAGACCAAGUGAUGAAAUAUUUACCGGAGAAUUGAGCAUACAACGUUGGGUUAGUAAUUCCUUCCCAACUGGAAUUCAUAAGGUGGUGGAUUACUAUUUGGUACAGUCAGGGGAUGAACAUAUUGAUGCAAAGCUGCAAUGUUUGUUAUCUAUCAUGGAAUUAGCUUUGAGUUGCACUUUAGUGACACCUGAUGCAAGAAUUAGCAUGAAAUAUGCUCUUUCAACACUGAAAAUGAUUAGGCUACAACUUGUUAUUAGUCGGCACUAG